AUGGGAAGCAAGGCUCUGCCGGCCCCCAUCCCACUGCACCCGUCCCUGCAACUCACCAACUACUCCUUCCUCCAGGCUGUGAACACCUUCCCCGCAGCUGUGGACCAGUUGCAAGGUCUGUAUGGACUCAGCGCCGUGCAAACCAUGCACAUGAACCACUGGACAUUGGGCUACCCCAAUGUGCACGAAAUCACCCGCUCCACCAUCACGGAGAUGGCGGCCGCCCAGGGCUUGGUGGACUCCCGCUUCCCUUUCCCCGCGCUCCCCUUCGCCACGCACCUCUUCCACCCCAAGCAAGGGGCCAUCGCCCACGUCCUCCCAGCCUUGCACAAGGACCGGCCCCGCUUUGACUUUGCCAACCUGGCCGUGGCCGCCACGCAGGAGGACCCCCCCAAGGUGGGGGAGCUCGCCAAGCUGAGCCCCGGACUGGCGUCGCCCCUGUCGGGCAUCAGCAAGCUGUCCCCGGACAGGAAGCCCUCCCGCGGCCGCCUGCCCUCCAAGACGAAAAAGGAGUUCAUCUGCAAGUUCUGCGGCAGGCACUUCACCAAGUCCUACAACCUCCUCAUCCACGAGCGGACCCACACGGACGAGCGGCCCUACACCUGCGACAUCUGCCACAAGGCUUUCCGGAGGCAGGACCACUUGCGGGACCACCGGAGGGGGCGAGCGGGCGGCCCGCCGUCCGCCCGGGCUGCUCUCGUUCGUGUCCAACCCCGAUAUUUCAAGUUGUGCGUUGCGAUAACGAAAAGUGCAGAAUCUCCACACAAAUGCCCCACAUGUGGAAGAACCUUUAAUCAGAGAAGUAACCUGAAAACUCACCUUCUUACCCAUACAGACAUCAAGCCCUACAACUGUGAGCAGUGCGGCAAAGUGUUCAGGCGAAACUGUGAUCUACGGCGGCACAGUCUAACUCACACCCCGCGGCAGGACUUCUAG